AUGAGUGUAUUCACUUUCGACAGUAAAACCACAAAAGUCACUUCAGAUGAUAUUAUAGCCAUCAACAAUCAAUUUGGUGUUGAAGAAAAAGAUGCUACCAGUUUAGAUCAAUAUACUAGUUUGUUAGCAGUAUUCCAUGACGCAUGUGAAGAACUCGAAUCAAUGGAUGAUUUCAUUCCUUCUGUUGAUUAUGAAAGAUUCCCAAGGGAAGCUAUUCAUAGACCUGAAGAAAAGGAUAACAAGUUAAAUGCUUGGGCUUAUAAAGUCACUAUCAAAGAUCAAAAACCAAAAGAAGGUAGAAGAUUAUUAGAAGGACAUAAAGUAGCUGUCAAAGAUUGCGUGGCUGUUGCUGGUGUGCCAAUGCUUUUAGGUACUGACUUUAUUAAAGAUUAUGUUCCAAAAACCGAUGCUACUUUGAUUACCAGAUUACUUGAAGAAGGUGCUAUCAUUAAGGGUAAAUCAGUUUGUGAAAAUAUGUGUCAUUCAGCCACAUCACAUUCUGCAGCUACUGGUCCUGUUCAAAAUGCUUUAGCUGAUGGUUAUUCCACUGGGGGUUCAUCAUCAGGUUCAGCAGCUUUAGUCAUGGACCCUAAUGAAGAUGUCACCAUUGGUAUUUCAUUCGAUAAUGGUGGUUCAUCUAGAUUACCAGGUGCUUGGAGUGGUGCUGUAGCUAUCAAGCCUACUUUUGGUCUUAUCCCAUGUACUGGGUCUGCUAGUAAUGAAGCCACCAAUGAUUACCCUGGUGUAUUAACCCAAGAUGUUUUGACUAACGCUAUGGGUUUACAAGCUAUCGCUGGUAGUGAUGGUAUUGAUGAUAGAGGAUUUAAUAGUAUUACCACUCCUUACUAUGAUGAUUUGUUAGCUUCUGAUAAAAGCUUGAAAGGAAUGAAAAUCGGGAUCUUGAAAGAAGGUUUCGACAGUCCUGCUGUUGAAGAAAGAGUUAAAGAAUCUUGUUUGAAAGCUAUUGCUCAGUUUGAAGCUUUAGGAGCUGUUGUAGAAGAAGUAAGCAUUCCAUUCCAUUCUAAAGGUGCUUUAAUUUGGACUGGUAUUUCAAAACUUGGAGGUUAUUUAACCAAAACUGGUGCUGCCAUCGGUAGAAGAGGUUAUGUUUUACAUGAUCUUGAUGAAAAACUCCUGGAAGCAAUCCAUGAUCAAGAAAGAUGGGAAAAGGCAUAUCCUUCAACCAAAAACAUCUACUAUAAUGGUGCUUACGCUACCAAGAAAUUCCCUACUUUGUAUUCCAAAUGUCAAAAUUUAUCAUUAAAGUUAAAACUUGCCUAUAACAAAGCUUUAGAAGAAUACGACUUGUUGGUAUUGCCUACAGUUCCUUAUGUUGCCAGAUCCCAUGCUGUUGUUGGACCUGAUGCUAAACCAUUUGACUUAUUAGGUAAACAAUUAGGUUUAAGUGCUAAUACAUGUGGAUUCAAUCAAAGUGGUCACCCAGUAUUGGCGCUCCCUUGUGGAAUGUUACCAAUCCAAGAAGGUCCUUUAGCUAACAGUGGUACCAAGUUACCUGUCUCCUUACAAUUAGUAGGUAAAUGGUGGGAUGAAAAGACCAUUUACAAAGCUGCUUAUGCUUGGGAACAAAACAAUAAUUGGAAAGAAAUGUAA